AUGUACCCUAUCAAUUUUGAUUUAAGCCAUGCGAGAUACACUGCAGGACCCAGGACAUUGCGAAAACUGAGAAUUCUUUGCCUUCAUGGUUUUCGCCAGAAUGCUUCUGGAUUCAAAGGUAGAACUGCAUCUUUAGCCAAGAAACUCAAGAGCAUUGCGGAGCUUGUUUUUGUGGAUGCACCCCAUGAAUUGCCUUUCAUUUAUCAAAUUCGUCAAAACUGCGAUUCUGCAUCAGAACUGGAAAAUAACCAUCCACCUUCGGAGAGUUGCAAUAAAAAGUUUUCAUGGUUAGUUGCACCUGAUCACAAGGGGGAGAACGAUUCUGAUUGGAAGAUAGCUGACAGUCCAUUUGAUCCUCUUCAGUACCAGAAACAAACUGAAGGUUUCGAUAAAUCAAUUGCUUAUUUAAAAGCCUUAUAUUCUAAAGCAGGCCCAUUUGAUGGGAUAUUGGGUUUUUCACAAGGAGCUGCAAUGGCCGCUUUAGUUUGCCUGCAUCAACAGAAGCUAAAAGGACAGAUGGAAUUCAGAUUUGCGAUCCUGUGCUCUGGAUUUGCUGUCAAUAUGAACAAUUGUCAGCAGGGGUCAAUCAAUGUUCCUUCACUUCAUAUAUUUGGCAGCGACAAGGGCAAAGAUAGGCAGAUAGAGAAUGAAGCUAGUAAAUACCUUGCUUCUUUGUUUGAGAAUGGCUGCUCCGUUGUUAUUGAACAUGACUUUGGUCAUAUAAUUCCAGCACGACCUCCGUAUAUAGACCAGAUAAAAGAUUUCCUCAAACGUUUCCUGUAAGUUAUUUACCAUUUUAUCUAACAUAACUCGGGCUUCGUGUCAUUGAUCAAUAGAGCCUUGAUGCACACCAGCUUUUGCUGCAAGAGAUUUGGGAUUAUGCUAGCUUGUACCCUAUGUUACAACUUCUGUAUACUAUUAAUCAGAACCCUUGUUGUCAAAGGUGUGCGAUUUUGUUCUUUGCA